GCGUCACAAGACAAGCAACAUGGCGGCCUUCUUGUUGGUACUCAUAUAUUUCGAUCUGUUGUAAGCCGUCUAACGUAGACUUUAGUGUAUGAAAUAGCUAAACAAAUCUUUGACUCCUUUUCUAUGUAGUUUAUGUACACUGUACAGUUGUUCUACACUGACAACAAGCUCCAAAACAGGUGUAUUUAAUUUGAUCAGUUCAGGUUUCCUCGUCAGUCUGUGCAGGUUAAAACCAUGGCUUCUGCAUUUGUUGUCGGGAAUACUUUUAUAAAUAAAGUAAGAGGAUUACUAAAAGACACAGACUCAGCUCUUCCCAAAGGACUGAGAGAGGAUCUGGAGGAGACACUUAAAAAAUCAGAACCAAGAACUCUGUCCUUCAGUACAGCAAGACAGCUCAAGAAAUAUCUCCAGGAUAAAGGACACCCUUUCUACCUGCAUGAGCUUCUGGAGGACGGCUCCCUCGACCUGCCUGAGGUGGUGAAGCCUCCCAGAAACCCCGUGCUGGUCGCUCGCCUUGAGAAGAUAAAAGCCAAACUAGCCAACGAGGAAUACAACAGAAUCACAAGAAACGUCAACGCUCAGGAACUCAGUCGCAGUGGAACAUUAGCAGAUAUUGGACUGCAGGUGCGCUCAGCCAAAGCCGUGGUGUUGACCGUAUUUAACUUCCUGGUCACAGUGGUCGCUGCGUUCGCCUGUUCCUACAUGGGGAGUCAGUACCUGUUCACUGACACAACAGCGAGAGUAAUAGCAGCAGUGAUUGCUGCUUCUGUAGUCGGGCUGGCUGAGCUGUACGUGCUGGUCCGGACCAUGGAGGGAGAACUGGGGGAGCCUUAGCAGCUGUGCAGAAACAAACAAGGGAACACAUUCAUCUGUAAUGUUUGAAGAACUUUUCUCAGCCUCACAAAGCCUUCUGAUUCAGAACAGACAUCUCACCCUGCGGUAAAAAAAAAAAGUGGACUUUUCCCCCCAUUAUGACAGGAGCAUAAGUGGAAUUUUUGAAGAUGAUUUAAGUUUCUGAGAAUGUACAAAAUGAAGAUACAGAGAAGAGAACUAAAAGGAUACUCUUUUCUUUUAAAGCUCCUGUGAGGGACGUUCAGUUUGUGUCGAUGUUGGCGCCCCCUGUGGUUAAGCGGUACCUCUUAUGUCUCUUCUUAUUUUGCCCUGUUCAUGUGUAAAUUCUUUUUACAGUGAAACAUAUCACUCAUCAGGAAUCUUCGCUGUGGAAAUUGUGAAAAAGUCUGUUUCUGCUUCGUGCUUUUAGUUUCUUUGUUGUCUGACAUCGACUCUCUGGUCUUGUUUGCUUUGGUAGCUCAUCAGUAUUCAUGUUGGUCUGUUUCAUUAAAAAUCUCCUUAAAGGGGCUUUGACUACAUUCCACCUGCCAGACACAAAAUAUGAGACAUUUAUAAUUUAUUCUGUUGUUUUAUGUUUUUCAACUUUGUCCUGUAUUUAAAUGUUGUCCCCUGUUGACAUUUGACUCCUUCCUUUCUGUUCUCAGGUGAAAUCAUAUUUUUUUGCUUUCAAUAAAAUCAUCUGCACAGACUGGUGCAAAUUCACAAA